CCAGUGUCCCAAUUUGGUUGGAUGCAGCGUUGCGGAGCAUUGGGUUCGGAUUUAGAGGAACUCCAGCCCAAUCCCACCGAGAUAAAUAUCCCGCUGUGAUCUCUCGUGGCCUAAAAAAGCACUGCAACGACGAGGCCUCUCAGAUUCUCUCCCUUUCCCACGACCAUACCCGGCGACACCUCCAAAUGGCUCGAAGCAUCCUCGCUCUGAGUCCUGCACCCUCGAGCUCACCAUGGCAUUUCAACAAAUACCCUGCUGCUGCUACCUUCUUCCCCUCGCGCCCCUCUUCCUCCCGUACUCGUGCUCUUGCUCUUGCUGGAAACCUUCGCGGUGGUCGUAGAAGGCGGGAGAGAGAGCUAGUUGUGAGGGCUGGGCCGCCGACCACCAACAGCCUCAUCCUCGCCUUCGUCCUCCCUUUCUCCCUCAUCGCCGGCACCAUCUUCACCUCCAUCAGGAUCGCCGACAGGCUUGAUGAGAAGUACCUUGAGGAGCUUGCAAUGAACCAAGCAAUACUGGAAGAGAACGAAGCAGCUGCAGAAGAUGAUGAUGAAGAUGAAAAGGAAGCAGAAGUAGCAGAGAAGGCGAUAACAGCAGCAGCAGCAGCUGGGGUUGAUGGCGAUGGGGAAAUCUUGCUACAAAAAGAGGAGGAAGUGGCUGCUGUUUCACGAGCUCGCAACCGUCCCAGACGGGGUGUAAACAGAGGCUAAAUUUUUCCUCGUCUCUUGGUUUGCUGUAAUAUGUUGGAAAAUGGUACCACAUAGCUUCCUUUUGUACAGAAUAUGCAACGAUUUUGUAGGAAAA